GUUGUUCCGCUCCCAGUGCCUAGGUCUGGGCACGAGCCGCCACCGUAGUCGCUGUUGCUGCUGCUCCUGCUCUAGCUGCUCCUCACCUCUUUUGGCUGCAUCUUCCUCCUGCUGCAGCGGCCCCGGCGCCGCCAUUACGGCCGCAGAGUCCCCGCGGACCACUGACAGAUACAAACGAGAAUAAAGACAACAAUUCUCACCGUUCUGUUAAAAUGAAAUGUGACUUUAGCUGCAACCAUGUUAAUUCUGGGCCUGCAUUGGCAAAGCCUGAGGUUGGCAAAAAACUGGAAUCUGGUACUCCUGAAUAUUCGGAAGAUUUCUGUAAAGAUUGCGUUAAAGAUGAUAGACCGCUAUCCUAUACCGGACCUCGGAACGCGAACCCCAGGAUUAUUGAACCGAAAACUGAAAAGCAGCCAGUGCACAACAAGGAAAAUCAGGCACUGCAGAAGCUUGAUGCUUCAAGUGAAUCAGAAUUGGAGAGCAGUAGACUUUUUGAGGACAGUGGCUACUCUUCAUUCUCUCAUCAAAGCUGUCCUGGUGAACAGGAAUAUAAUAGCCUUCUGUCGUCUCGGAAUUUCAUCGUCAGCCCCAAACCCUGCCUUCUACAAAACCAAAGCACAGAACAGUUUCCGAAUAAAAAUUUAUUGCCAAUCCUUCAUUUUGAGGAAGUGGUUUGUUCAGCUUUAAAAAAGAAUGCCAAAAGAAAUCCUAAAGUAGAUUGGGAAACUAUGGAAAGAAUAGUUGCCUAUGGAGAUUUUGGACUACAUAAUGUAAUUGGUAGAAAAAUGGGCUUAGAUCGACUGGAUAUUCUCAGUGAGCUCUUCCAGAGGGGACUCAAACAUAUAUUAGGAAAUGUUUUAAAACGCCUCAGUAAGAUGGAUUUGAUCGAUGUGGCCAGAGUGAGUGCAACAUGGAAGAAGAUUCUGAAAGACAAUAAAAAGGCUUUCCACUUAUAUAAUUCAGCAAUGAAAAAAGCUAAUGAAAAUACUACCAAAUUUUCAGCUCAUGCUGCAACUAGAGAAUAUGUUCUAGUCAGGGCAGCAUUAGCUUCUGUUCAAAAAUCAACAGUCCAGGCUCCUUGUGCAUCCAAAAAAGGAUCUCGUCCCAAAUUAUCUGAUCAGGGAGUUUCUACAUCCAGCCGGUACAUUGAGUUUUCUGAGGUUGCCAAGACCUUGAAAAAGAAUGAAAGCCUAAGAGCUUGUAUUCGUUGCAGUUCACCUGCAAAAUACGAACCCUAUUUGCAGAGGGCAACAUGCAACCGAGAAAGCUGUGGCUUUGAUUUUUGUACAAAAUGUUUAUGCAGCUAUCAUAUCACCAAAGACUGUUUAAAUGAAAAACCCCUAAAAGCAAACUCCAGAAUGGGACCUCUUCCUGGUAGUAAAAAAAGCAAAAAGAAUUUGCGGAGGUUAUGAUCUUUAGUUAUAUCAGUUGCAAAUAGCAAACUGUAAAAGUUGGAUUGGAGAUGUUACAUUAGGUGACCAUAAUAUGCUUCUGCCAGAAGUCUUUAUUUUCAGUUUAAAAAAAAAUAGUAAAUAUUGUUAUUUUUUCAAUUAUAUGUGAAAGUCAAUUUUAAAAAG